CGCCCCUCACUGAAAAUCGACUCGUCUCACCCCCCCCCCCCUCUAAUCGUCAAUUCAAUUCCACUUGUUCGAUUUCAUCAGCGAAACGGUCGAGGGAACUAUCAAUGUCGCAAGCUCGUUUCUUCCGAAUAUUUAUCAAACAAAAGAGAGAUUUUUGAGAGUAUAUGUGAGCUUGUGUGCAUAGGGAAGAAGCAUUACAUUGGGCUUCCGAGGAUCGAUAAACUAGGAGAAUGUUCAAGAAAGCGCUUACUGAGUCAGGAAAGCGAAUUUUAAAGGCAGUAAAAAAACUAUCAACACGAAGUAGGGCAGUUACGAAGUCGCAGCUGAAGCAAAAAAAGUCGUACUACAAUGAGGUAAUGUACGAACUGUCUCCGGCAGUUUUGCCGGGAUGGACUGCGACAUAUUUAGAGCCGGACAGUGAGUACAUGUCGUUGUCGCUGCAUUCACUGGACGCCAAGAGCAUCGAUACUUACGUUACUUACGUGCCGGAAGGAUUGUCAGAGUGUACUUCGAUAUGUAGUUACUGUAUCGAAUAUGAGAAUCGGAGGAAUGAGAACAUUGAAAAUGGGAUGAUAAUUUGACGUUUUUUAAAAUCCAAUUAUUUUAAUUGAUGAUUCAAAUCCAUUGCAUAUGAUCAUCAGUGAUUAAUUAGGUGAUAACCGAUUACCAUGAAUAAGUGCAUUUAUUUAUGGCUCAAUGGAGUCCUGAAACACGUAGAGUUUCUGAAUUUAUAAAUAUUUUUAUUUAUUUGCAUUAUUCAUAUAAGUAUUCUUGAUUUCAAAAUGCUCAGUCAAUAGUUAGAAACUGUAGAUGAUAAUGAUUUUAAUCGAUAGCAAUCAUUGGCCUAUGGUCCAACGAAUGAAUCACUCUCAUCUAAGGCUUCAUGCGAUGGUUAUAAUUACGAUUGGGAAUUGUUGCUCAAAUAAUUUGCCAUUUCCUUCAUUAAAAACUGAAACGUUACGGGCACAUGUAUAAAUGAGAAAUGAUAUUGCAUCUCCUGGAGACCGAAUUGUAAAUAUGAACAUUCGAUACCUCUAAGAAGAUUUCUAUUGUGAUAUAAUGCAUUAUUAUAAUUAUUAAA